GCCGCGGGUUCACCAGUGAGAGCUUCCCACAUUCACAGUCGCCUGCGCGCAAUGGCACCGAGCGCUCCUCCCGCUCUCCUCGCAGAGCUGGACCCGAUGAUAACCGGAUAACUUUUAAAUCUGCUCGGAUGAUGCCUUCCCUCGAUGGCAUCUGAUGAAUUCUUCACUGGGAAACAUAACAGGUCUGCCAAACACUUCACCUCCCAUGUCACCGGGGCGCCCCCAUGGCGUUGUUUAGUAGUGCAGAGCGGCUCUGGAACGAAUCAGACAGUCUCGGAUGGGACGACAGGAAUGAGAGCUCAGAGGCAUCGGGGCAGGAUGAACGUAACUACUACGCCAUGCUGUACUCCCUGCUCAUCCUGGCCAUCGUCUUUGGAAACGUGCUGGUGUGUCUGGCUGUGCUGAGGGAGCGUUCCCUGCAGACGACCACCAACUACCUGGUGGUCAGCCUGGCUGUGGCUGACCUGCUGGUGGCCUCUUUGGUCAUGCCCUGGGCUGUGUACCUGGAGGUGGUCGGCGGUGCCUGGCUUUUCAGCCGGCUCUACUGUAACAUCUUUGUCACGCUAGAUGUGAUGAUGUGCACCGCCAGUAUCCUCAACCUGUGUGCUAUCAGCAUUGACAGGUACACAGCAGUGGUGAUGCCCGUCUUGUACAACACCACCCAUCGCUCCAGGAAGAGAGUUUUUGUGAUGAUUGCCACCGUGUGGGUCCUGGCCUUCGCUGUCUCCUGUCCACUGCUGUUUGGUUUCAACACCACAGAUGACCCCAUGGUGUGCUCCAUCUCCAACCCUGAGUUUGUUAUCUACUCCUCGGUGGUGUCCUUCUACUUGCCGUUUAUUGUCACUCUGCUGGUCUACAUCCGUAUCUACGUCUUCCUCAGGAUGAGGCGGAAGAGGAUCGCCUUUGGCCAGGCCAGCGGGAAGGUGCAGCCAGGCUCAACUCCACCAUCUGUGGAGACCUGUCUACAAGAGGAGACUCCCAAGGCGAAGCAAGACUUGUCACCUAUACGGAUUAAAGUGCAGAGUGUAGAGCCUUCAGGUCCCUCCAAGCCCAACCUGCUGUCGGGAUGCCUGUGGCGCAAACGACCAAAGACGGGACCUGUAGAGAACUCUAUGCUGCCCCCGGUGGACACACACAAUUGCUGCAGCAUCAGCCACGCCUCCUGCGGCCGCACCGAGUUCGAGCUGGAGCAAGAGCGAGCGGAGGAGGAGGCGGAGGGGAACAACCAACAUGAACAGCCUCCGGUCAGAAUGAGCUGCGAGGUGAAGGAUCUGUCCAAUGGACGAACACACACGUCACUGCGGCCGGUGCCUCAUUCUCAUACCAACAACCCACGAUUCAGGAGCAUGCACGCACGGGAGAAAAAGGCCACUCAGAUGCUGGCCAUUGUGCUUGGGGUGUUUCUCAUCUGCUGGCUGCCUUUCUUUGUGACUCACAUUCUGAACACCCACUGCAGGACAUGCUACGUGCCUCCUGGGCUUUACAGUGCUUUCACCUGGCUGGGGUAUGUCAACAGUGCCCUCAACCCUAUUAUCUACACCACCUUCAACAUCGAGUUCAGACGGGCCUUCAUCAAGGUCCUCAGCUGCUGAGGAAGACGGCGUGCCAGGAAAUUAAAAUGGAAAUGAGACUGUGCACUCAUGCCUCAACUCUGGCGUGGUGCAUUUGGUAAACAGUGACCACAGAUGUACACUGGUCAUGCUCAAGGGAAGAAAAUCUGCUUUGUACCCUGCAGGAGUUCCACAGUAGCAGCAAUGUGAAGCAUGAAAUAGAAAGAGACGCUGUGGUAUGCAAUAAAUGCAAACAAACAUUGAUUUUUAACUCAAAUCAAACUUUUGCUUCUUAACAGGCCUCCAUUUGAACAGUAUUACUCCUCAAAUGAGACUUACAUUUUCACACACAGUCUUAUUGAUAGCACAAGGUGUCGGACUUUCUUGUGGGUCCAUCUUGUACAGUAUAUGUACUGCUCAUUGGCACAGUUCCUCAGUGCAGGAUUUUUCCAAUCGAUGUAAGUUUGGAAGCUCUUUAGAGCCACAAUGGAGCUUUAAGGCUGGUAAAUUGAUCAUAGAGCUGCGGGCCACUUCAUCCUUAGGCCCGCUGCCACCGCACUGUGUGGAUUAACUGAUAUUACUCAUCUCCCCCACUCCCCCCCUCCUUUCAUCAUCAUCAUCACCACCAUCAGUUGCUCACCAGUGCAUGCACAAAUCAAAUUUCAAGGGCGUUCACUUGAAUGGUGCUGGAGGGAUUGUAUUGGUCCCUGCCAAGACUCACAUCGUUUUGAAGAUUGUCAUAUAUAUUGAUGUGGAGGCAUUGUGCUCAGUGUGGAUUCAUUAGAAUUAAAAUUGUGAGAUUUUGAUGUAACGCACAGUGGAAACAUUUUCAGUGUUUUUUAAAGGGACUGCCUGUUUAUUGGCAAACCUUCCCAUGAUUUAGAGCUGCCUGCUGGCUGUUCGGGAUGUGCUGGUGAAGGCAGGAGCCUUGUAAUAUUAACCAAUC